UUGUGUGGCCCCGAGUGUUCGACCGCACGCCAGCUUGCCUAGCUAGCUCUCGACACCCAUGUGAGCAACAUGGCAUUUAAAACGUGCACAAUUUUUAUAAUUAUAACACUAUUCUACAAAGUGUCUGAGAGUAAACAUUUCCGUUUUGAUUAUAAUUUUCACGAGGAAGCCGGGGGAUGGUUGAAGCUUCAUCGCAUACCAGCGACAUGGCACGAUGCUUGGCUUCGGUGUCACCUUGAAGGUGCAAUUUUGGCUUCUCCGAUCAACAUAUUCGUAGAGACUGCCAUUAGGAAUGAGAUGGUAAAAAAUCGUGUCACAUGGAAUGGAAUUUUCUCCGGAUUUCAUGCAACUUUCUCUAAAGGAGAUUUCUUCUCCGUCGAUGGUGUGCCGUUAAACAGAGUCUCAAUAGAGUGGAUGCCAACAGAACCCGAUAAUAAAAAUAAUGACGAGGACUGUAUACUAUUUGCUGUUAAUGGGACGAUAGCUGACGUCAACUGCAAUGAAGUCCAUCCUUAUAUGUGCUAUAAGAAGAAAUCUAAAAAUAUGAUCGUUAAUGGUUGUGGUACUGUCGAUAAAGAAUACUCUCUAGAUCCGAAUACAGGGAGUUGUUACAAAUUUCAUCGCAUCGCGAGAAAUUGGACGCGGGCCUUUAUGACGUGUGCAGCCGAGGGGGGCCAUCUCGCUGUCAUCAACAGCGAGACCGAAGCUAAUGUGUUGAGAGAGAUAUUUGCUAAGCAUCCUCGAGAUUCAAUACGCUCAAACCUGCCGGGUAUCAUGCGUGAAUUAAUACAUGUCGGCUUUCACGAUUGGAACGAAAGAGGCAUAUGGACUACGAUACACGGAACUCCCCUCCCGGAGGCCGGCUUCGAUCUCUGGGCGGAAAACCAACCAGACAAUGCAUCCCCUGGCGAAUACUGUGGGGGUAUGUUCCGAAACGGUCGCUUGGACGAUGUCUGGUGCCACGAAAGGGGGCCAUUCAUCUGUGAAAAAUCACCAGAAAGUUUACUAGCUGACGUUGAUGAUUAGACAUUUAUUAUAGAUUAAUUAGGAAAAUAUGUUCAAAAAGUCUAUUAGUAAUAUAAAAAUGUAAUUUAAAAUUGUAAUUGUUCAUUGUAAGCUACUAUCGGAUUUCCGUUACCAUUCGUUCACGAUGAACGAAUUGUAAUUACGAAACGAAACGUUCACGUUCAUUCAAGAAUCGCAACAUUGUAUAUUUUUAUUCUUACUUCAUAGUAACUGACAGUUAAACGUCAGUCAUUUGGAGGUCAUACGUUGUUCGGAAAGGAAUUGUUAAAAUAGUCUGAAGAUUAUCAUAAAUUUUAAAUGUGAAUUAUAAAUCUGAUACUAUGCGUGAUAUUUUUAACGUAUAAAAUAAAUCGUCAGGAAUUCUAAUAGACGAACGACGAAGACGUAAAAAAAUCCACGAAUAACUAGGUUUUAUUAAUCCUUAAUACGGAUUUCAAAAUUUAAGCAUGUCCAAUUUAAAUAACAAUUAAAAUUGACGUUGAUAAAUAUAAUAUAAUCUGUACAUAAUACGCAUAUUGUUAAUAUAACUUGAUAUAUAUCAAUAAUAUUACCUAUAUGUGUAGAUAGAGUGUCGCACUACAAAAUAACUACUAUUAAAUACCACUAUACUAAGAAUGUACUAUUUUUUUAAGGGUUCUCAGUCGACAGUCGACGGGUUUGGCAGUCGAUCUAGACAUAGCAAUAAUAAAUAAUCAAAUACAUAAUUCAAGACAUGAAAUAUGUCAAAUAUAAUAAAAAAAGUCGAAUAUAUUAAACUUCGCCUUUUUCGCAUGAGUAAGUGAGACGGCAAUACAACAAGUCUAUUUCGAGUGACUUUGACAUAUAAUUGGCAGUUUAGAGAGCGACUUCAAUAUUUCGUUUUCACGUCAGUCUGUGCGUGGCUUAUAAAACAAUAUUCUUGUAAUUUUUUCAUAGCGCGCCUUGGGGAUAAAAUCGACUCGAAUUAGACGGUAUGACGGAAUCUAUUGCUGUUGUGAGCUCGCUCCGUCACCACACUUUACUUUCUUGUGUGCGUGGCACGUACACUAAUGAAAUAUUAAACAACGCAACAUAGUGUAAAUAAUAGUAAUUAGUUUUUUUUAUUUAAUUACAAUAUUUCCCAUAGUUAAUAUCCGUGAUGGCAUCUGCCGAGCGUCCAGUGACGGCCGAUUACUCAUUCAUCAUCCUCCUGCCCUUAUCCCAAUUUUCACUUGGGGUCGGCGCAGCAUGUCUUCUUCUUCCAUACUUCUCUGACGGACUUACAAAUAACAUUCUUUCCAAUCAUAUCGUCUUUCACACAAUUCAUCGUUGCUUUGGUCGUCCCCUGCCUCUAUAUCCAUCCACAUCCAUGCUCCUAUAGACCUAUAUACCUCCUAUAUACCUAUACGUACUCUGUAAAAUAUUUACGAAAUAUGCAUAUCGGUUAUUUUAUAUGACAGUUCAAUUCCGAUAUUGGGACUGAGAUUGAAUACAUACAGAUUUUUACAUAUCUCAAAUAAAAUUGAAAACGGAAUUGUGGAUUUAACAUUAAUUUCGGUCGGAAAUUAAACUGUAAUUUAUUUCGUUAAAAAUAAAUAUAAAUUAUAUAUAUAAGAUA